AUGUCCGACCACCAGUACAAAUUCAACGUCGCCAUGAGCUGCGGCGGAUGCUCCGGUGCCAUCGAGCGCGUCCUAAAGCGUUUAGAAGGUGUCAAGUCCUUCGACGUGAGUCUCGAGUCUCAGACUGCGAAUGUGGUCACUGAACCCACCGUUUCCUACGAUACCGUGCUGGCCACCAUCAAGAAGACCGGGAAGACGGUGAAUAGUGGCGAGGCAGACGGGCAGACGAUGGCCGUUUGA